CCCCACCAGAAAAGCGAAGGAGACCCGGCUCCAUCCCCCCGAAACUGCCGGUGAAGGGGCAGGAGGGCCCGGGGAAGGAGGAAGGAUGAGGCCCCUGCUGUGCUGCCUGGGGCUGGCCAUGCUCCUGGGGCCCUGCCUGGCCUGUCCCAGCCCCUGCUCCUGCUCCACCAAGAAGAACGGGCGGCUGUUGGCUGAGUGCGCCUACAAGGAUCUCCAGGAGGUACCUGAAGGGUUGUCCUCCAACGUGACCAUCCUCACCUUGUCAGCCAACAGGAUUGGCUGGUUGGGACAGGGCUCCUUCCUGGAGGUCCCAGAAGUGCAGUCGCUGUGGUUGGGCUACAACCAAAUCGGGCUGGUGGAGCCGGGGACUUUCGCCUUGUUGGUUCACCUGAAGAACCUGGACCUGAGCCACAACAAGAUUGCAGACUUCCCCUGGCAGGACCUCCGUAACCUGAGUGGUCUGCAGAUCCUGAAGAUGAGCAACAACCGCCUGGCCGGGCUGCCCAGGGAUGCUUUCCACUCCCUGAAGGACCUGCGCUCCCUCUGGCUCAACGACAACGAGUUGACCACCCUGGCUGAGGGCACCUUUGACAACCUCCCUUCCUUGUCCCAGCUGCAGAUCUUCAACAACCCCUUCAACUGCUCCUGCAAGGUCUUCUGGCUGAAGAAGUGGACUGAGAACACCUCUGUCUCCAUCACCAAGGGGGGCUCCACCCUGUGUGUGGCUCCCGGCAGGCUGAAGGGCAGGGCGGUGACGGACAUCCCCGACCACCACUGCGUCGCCCCCUCGGUGCAGCUCACCUACCUCUCCAACCUGGACAACACGGUGAUGUACGAUGGCCUGACCUUGACCCUGCACUGCAGCGUGGCAGGAAGCCCCCUGCCAGAGAUCAGGUGGAAGAUCCAGACCUCCAGCCGCCGCGUCGAGAUCAGCGGGCCCAACGUGGCCAGGGACGGGAACGUCAAGCAGAGCCAAGAGCGCUUCUUGGUCUUCAAGAAUGGCACCAUGGCCAUCCCCAACUUCAGGAAGGAAGAUGAAGGCACCUACACCUGCCUCGCUGUCAACGACGUGGGCACGAGGGACGUCUCGGUCAACGUGGCCUUGGCUGGCUCGGAGAACCCAGCUGAAGACCUGCUUCGAGAUGACCCCCAUGCCAGCCACUUUGGGGGGCAGAGCUGCUACAAGGGGGAUGAAAUGGAUUCCUCCAGUGCUGGAGAAAAGCUGGUGAUCGUUUACCACGUGCCGAGGGAGUCGAAGAGCAGGGCUGGAGCAGUGGUGCCCCAGGUCCAGCUGGGGACCCUCCUGCUGGCUUGGGGCAUGGUGCUCUGCUGUUAAAGCGGGGAGAAGGAAACCCUGCCUCGGGGGGGCUCCCCCUCUUUCUGUAGCAUUUAUCUUCACGUUAGUGCCAUGCCUUUGCUGAGCUUCUGGGAGCUGUGAGUGGUCAGGAGAUCCAGGCCCAAGGCUGGUGGUUGGAGCCCUCCUCAAGGUGGGGCUCAGAGCUGGGAUCCAUCAGUUGAGAGCUUCCAACAAGCUCAGGUGAUGCAGAGAAGAUCCACAGUGGGCUGUCGUUCUCCAGGUGUCCAAAGCUGCCACCUCCUGGUUUAUCUUCCUUCUGAGACCCAAGUGUGGCUGCAGGCCUGAAGUCCACCCUCAACAGGGUGACCUUCACCCAUCCUCAGAGCCACCACUGAGCCCCCCACCACCCACAGCAGCCAGCCACCACCAGGGAGGGGAUCUCUUGCAAAGAGGGUCCCAACAGUCCAGCAGCACCAAAGAAGACAACCCCACCAUCAGCAGAGCCCAGGCCCUUGGCUGGCUGGGUGCAUCCUACCACCAGCCUCAUGAGGAGCACCAAGGACAGAAGGACCAGUCUGAGAGUGAAGGAACAGCCUGGACACGGGGAUCCUGGCUUCCCAGACCUCGUGGCUUUGGGGGACAGAGGGCUGGUGGUGCUUUGUAAGCAGGCUGGGUAGGGUAGGACACGUUGGAUGGGGUCACAGGUUUGGAUCAGGCCAUUUUGGGGAGCAGGAGAAGCUUUUCCAUGGGCUUCAUCCCUGCAGGAGCACAAAGGGCUCCCGGUGGCUGGGUGCUGGGAGGUCCCAGGGUGCCUGCACCCUCUCUGCAUGUGGCAGGAUGGGGCCCUGCCACCCUCAGUCCCUCUCCCAGACCUUCUGCAGCACGUUUGUUCCCCCCUCUCCUUCCCUUCCACCACCAAAGCCUGCUCGGCUGGGCUGGACCCACCGAGCUGCACUUGCUCCCACCCCUUUGGGGAGGGAUUGAGCCCAGAGACACCAAAAUCAUUUCCCACCACCCCCUUCUGAUGGGAAACCAACCUGGGGCUGCGUGAUGGAACGGGAGGAAGAAAGACUGGGAAAACCCAGUUGCCUGAGAGAGAAGCUGAGCUGACCUGUAAGCCAUAAACACAUUCCUUAAGUGCUUUAGCAUUCCCAGGCAGGACAUAUAGCCCACCCUCUGCUUCCCCAGGGGGCUGGGGGACCUGCUGUCUCCCAGUGGGGGGGAGAGGGGGGGCUGAACAUCUCCUUCUCCCCCACCCCAAGGCAUGGGCAGUCCAGCCCUCGUGCCUUCUGCCACAGCUCCCCUCGCCUUGUCACUCAAGCUGCAUGGACAGCAGAGUCCCAAGCACAAUAAAUACCUUUUUUUCUUUGUUUUUUUUUUUAAA